CAUUUUUAUUUUUUACUUUCAGCAUCAUGAUAAAUUUACAAUAUCUCCCUCCACCACCUGCAUGUGGACUUAUAACAGCAUAUGAAAAUGAUGGCCGUCUUCGUGCACUAGGCAGCAGGGAGGCGCUCGCCACUACUAGGAACUGGCUUGGUGGACAGUUUAUUGAAGUAAUGGUUGGGCAGGAGCCAGUUAGAACAGCACACAGUAAACAAGAGGCCCGGGAAGCCUUUUCAGCUCACACAGAGACUUCUUGGCAACGUGUUAUGUUUGCAUAUUAUGAGGAGGGCUGGGAGGCUUCCCUAGAGGAGAUGAUCAAGGGCAAAGAUGAAGGUAGUCUCUAUCAAGUGGCAUCCACUGUGGCUUCCUUUAUACUUAAAGUGUGUGGCUUCAUUGCUAGAGCACAGGCACUCCUACCAUCACCCAAGAAUACUGUGAGCUCUCCAAUAACUCCCCUUGCUGUGCGUGGAUCAGGUGGUAGUGUUGUGAGUGUAGCUUGGCAUCCCCACACCAACACCUUAGCUGCUGUCUUUUGUGACGACACCAUAAGAAUAUUUGCUGCUGGUCGAAGUAUCAGCCCUCUUCUGAAACAUCGCCUCCAGAAAUCCAUCAUGCACAUUGCUUGGAUGCCAUAUUCAGCCUCACUUUUGGCUGUAGGCUGUGAGUGUGGUAUACUGCUGUGGACACUAGACCCAGUGAAUGUUGUAACUCGCCCCUCUGGCUCCUGUGUCUCACUCCUGGCUUAUCCUAGUGCAACUCCAAUCAACUCCCUCACCUGGCAUCCCAAGGGCAAUUUGCUAGCAUGUGUUGGAGGCAGUAGCAGUCAGCUGAUUGUGUGGGAUGUGGGACGUGAGGUACCAGUCGUGGUCCACAGUGGGACGGGCGGCAGCAUCUCUCUGGUACUUUGGUCUCCAAAUAGUUCAAGACUUUUUGUUGCUUACUCCUCCAAGAUAAUGAGAGUAUUUGAAACGCGUGAUUGGACAUACGAGCAGUGGAGUUUGGAAUCUCCUGUUAAGUCUGCAGCUUGGUCAUGUUUAGGUCAUUUGCUGCUAUUUGUAACUCAAGAUGACCCAGUCCUGUACUACCUUGGAUUUAUUCCUGGUGAGGAUAUUGGUGGAACACAGGUGGCUGCCCAAGUUGCUGACCUCACUCAAACUCUGGUCACUGAUGAGGAUGGUGAGGAAAUUAGUGUGGGUGGAGCAGUGAGGCAGCUAGCAUGGGACCCACGCAGUGAACGGUUGGCCAUUGUGUUCCGUGAUACAGAGUGUGUGGUGCUCUUCCACACACACACUCAUCCUACACUGCAUCUUUCUCCAGGUGGAUUCAUAAGAGGUGAAGCUGGUCACAUUGCUGUCAGUGUGAGUUUUCAAGAGAACUUAUGCAGUGGCGCUGUGCUAUCCGUGGUGUGGAGCAGUGGCCAGGUACAGCAUCUUCCCAUGCGUUACUCUUCCCGAGAACCUCUCAACUCUUCUCUUGAUACCAGUCUCUUCAGUGCCUCUGUCCCUGUCCGAGUAGCGCAUAAUUCCUUGCUUAAUUCCAGCAUUCCUCGCAAUACCUCCAUGGGUUAUGCUGGUUCAUCAGUUAUGUCACCCCUUAUUGGUGGUCUGUUCACUUCACCCUGAUUUGGUUGUAAAUUUAAAGCUCAAGAUUUAGUGCCUGAUUUGAAUUACAUUAAUAUAGAUACAGGUUGAUAUUUCUAAAUAUUUUUAUAUUUCCAAAAUUAUUUAAAUUAUCUCUUUAGUUGUUUAUGUUCAUGACUUGAAAACUUUGACCUGCUUUUUUAUAUGAUGUGCCCUAUCACUGUCAGUCUUUUUCCUUCUUUUUCCUACCCCCUCUCAUUCAUCUGCUGUUUUGUAGAAAUAACCUGACCAUCUUAGCACAUGUUUUCAUAUACAUAUUUUAAAAUUAAAAUUUUUUCUUAUUAACACUUGUCAUUUCCCACCAAUGUUAAGGUGAUGCAAAGCAGGAAGUAUUCACUAUCACUCAUUUUCUUUCUUCUCACUAAAUAUCUCUCAUUCUUUCUUUUUCUCACUUUCUCUGUAUAAAUUGACAAGUCAUUCUUCCACCUUUCUCCUCCUCUGUCUCCUUUCUCUCUCUUGUCUCUUAUCCUCAUCCUCAUAAUCCUCAUCAUCCUCAUCCUCUUCCUCAUCAUCCUCCUCCUCAUCAUCAUCCAUCAUUAUCCAUCA